CUUCGUUUAAGAGUUUCUCUUUCUCUGAACCGGAAGUAGAAUCGUUCCGCUCGUCUUUUCCGAAGACAACGUGGACGCAUGUGUUUAGUGGAGUUACGAUAGCCAGGUUAAGCUCCACCAUGACGUCGUUGGCCCUCCAGCUGAAGAGGCUUGCGCUGCCUCAGAGCGACCCUAACCUGUUCACCCGUAAGGAGGUGGCCUCUCUGCUCUUCGACCCUAAAGAUGCUGCAACUAUGGACAGAAGUACCUUCUAUGCCCUUGGGUGUACAGGGCUGGAGGAGCUGCUGGGAAUUGAACCAGCUUUCAUGGAGUUUCAGGACACUCUGUUUAGCCCCGCCUCCAUGACUCUAGAGCGUAGUGUCCAGUCCAAGGAGGUCAACGAGAAGCUGGACGCUGGAAUCUCACUCUUCCUCACCCGCUUGUGCCCGUAUUUCCUUCUGAAACCGGCUCACAAGUGCAUCGAGUGGCUGGUUCAUCGCUUCCACAUCCAGUUGUACAACACCAACAGCCUGCUGGCCUGCUCGCUGCCGUACCACGACACCAAUGUGUUUGUCAGAGUCCUGCAGCUUCUGAAGAUCAACGAUGCCACUAACCGCUGGAACUGGCUGCAGUGUCUGCAGAAACCAGGUGUCCCCCUGUCCAAAGGGACUCUGGUCACACACUGCUACUCAGACCUGAGCUUCAUGGAUUUCAUCUGCACCAUGGUGACCCAGUCCAUCCAGGCAUAUUCCGGACACUCUGAAAGUUUCUCUCAGCUCCGAGUGAUCUUCUCUUUCUACGCCUCCACCAUCGUCCUCGCUCUGGAUGCUGUGGACAAAGUUUCUGACUCCAUCAUCGCCAAACUGCUGCCUUAUGUCCAGAGGGGUCUCAGGUCAUCUCUGUCGGACUACAAAGCCGCCACUUACAUGAUCGUGGGCCAGCUUGCUGUCAAGGUUGUGAUGGAGGCGAGCUUGGUCAACAGCCUCGCAGUUCAUAUCAGCAAGUCUCUGGUCAAAGAGCCUGUUCUGGCCCAGGAGGGUGUGGGCUGCCUCAUCGUGCUGCUGCAGAAUCAGAAGGAUGGCGCCGCUGGUCCAAGAGCCGCCGGCCAUUUGUGCUCGAUGUCAGCGCUGGUCUCCACCCUGCAGGUCAUGGCUGAGACUCAUGAUGUCAGUCCGCUGCUGCGUUACCUGCUGCCUCACCUGGUCCACAGCGUGUUUGUCAGUGGUUCAGGUGAGGUGGAGACGAACAGACAGACAGUGUUGGAGUCCGUCUUGAAAUCUGUUCCUCUUACUAAAGACCUGGACCGAACCACGGCCCGGUUGCUGUUGGAUGAGUAUCUGAGUCAGCCUGAACGUUCUGCUGAGGACAUGUCAGCCCUCGAUCAGACCUUGCUGCCUCUGGUCCGACUGUUUGAGUCCAGGUACUGUGGAGCCCUGGAUGGCGUCCUUGCUGGUCAUGUGACCAUCAACAGUGACACUCAGCAGAAGCAUCUCUUCCACCGGUUCUUGUCUUUGUCCAUGAGCAGCGGGAAACACCAGAUUUUAGACGACUCUGACACGUCGCUGCUGCUGAGUCUGAAACAUCCACAGCCAUCUGUUCGGGUGUCGGCUGUGGAGCAUCUGAUGGGAAUCAUCUCCUCUAGUGAGCAACAAAGUUUGGAGGAAACCUUCCUAAAGGAUGUGAUCAUGGAGCGUCUGAAGGACGACGUUCCUGAAGUGGUCGCUGUGGCUCUCAGAGUUCUGCAGGCGCUGCUUGAUGUUAUGGACCCAGAGGAAGUUGUGUUGCAUUUACUGUCUCUGCUGCAAAGAGUGGAAAUUUCGGAAGCUCAGAUGUGGCUGCCUGUACUGAUGGAAGCGGUGCAUUUACUGUCUGACCCCCGGUUGGGAAAAGGUGAUGCUGAGUUUGUUCAGAGAACAGGCUGGAAGCUGCUUCCCUUCUUGGUGAUCACGUCAGCCGAGCUUGGCCUUGCCAGCUGCAUUGCCCGCUCUGCCAUUCUCACCCAACACCCGCUCACCCAGAACUGGGCCAAAGAGUUGGAUGAAGUGAUGAAGAGGCAUUCUGACCCUGACUUUGUUGGUUUGGCCAACCAGCACCUGGUCUCCACAUUGACCAGAAACCUGACAAACAUGGAGCACUUCUGUAAAAGAGACGCUCUGGAGAAGCUGGUUCUGCUGGUGGAGCAGCAGCCGUGUUCUGGCCCCAGAGGGAAGGCCUCCUUCCUGGUUUUGACCCAGGUCCUGGUGCUCUGUCUUGGGGAGCUGAGUGAGACCCAGCACCUGCUCACAGCUCACAGGGUCUACACGGUUCUGGAGCCCCCCCUGCUGGAGAUCACCAAGAGUGGCGAGAUUCAGGAGGCUGAACAUCCUGUCCGUGUCCCUGCUUCCUUCUCUGAAAGUCUGACACUCUACCUGGCCAGGUGUGAGCAGCAGCCAGGAGAGCGUUUAGACCAAGAGUUCGGAUUGGUUUUGGUUGCUUUGCUCAGAGACUUCAUCUCUUCAUUAAAGUGUCAGGACUCCUCCUUCAAAGGCCAGGUGUGGUGGAACCCAGAGAAGCUGGACAACAACACUUGCUGCUACCUGGGACUAAUCUGCCGUCUCUUCAGCUUCAUUGUUCCCGCUGCCUCUGAGGGGCCGACAGCCAGCAGCUUCAGAGAGCUGAUGAAGCUGCUCGUCCAGGUCCAUCUAUGUGAGCCGGCGAUGCUCUUCAGGUUCCUGUGUGUUCUGUGGGGGUACAGCAGUAACCGUGGUGACCAGCUGGAUGUCAAGGUUGAUGCCAUCCUGCAGACUCGGGCGUUGUACAUAGGCCAAGUUCUGCUUGAUGCACAGCCUGCAGCCAUUCUGGAGCAGCUGGCCGCUGUAGACUCACCUGUGGUCCUGUCCUUGUUGGGCUGUCUCAAAUCUCCGGUUCGUGAAGUCCGAAGGGCCGCCCUCAGUGCUCUGCAGAGCCUAUCAGGAGUCAGCAGCUCCCCUUUCAAGCCAGUCACAGAGAGGCUGCUGAAGACCUCAGAGGAAAUCAUCGCUGACCCAUCAUAUCUGAGCACAGUUCUCGGCGUCCUUCAUGAUGAGAGCUCGUCCAGCAAACAGAAGAAGCUGCAGGCAUCGCUGCAUCAGCUGCUGCAGAGCGUUCAGGAUCCUCAGUGCCCGUCAUACACCGCCGCCUCUCUGCUGGGAGCGCUUAGCGCUGUUAACGGACAGACCGUUCUGACCGUCCUGCUUCCCGUCCUGGACCGGCUCUUGGACCAGAUGGAACCUGACAGCCCAUCUUUGCUGCUGGAUGAGACCCAGCUGCUGCAGCUCGUUCUGCAGAAGUUCAAUGAGGCAUCGGCACCUCUGUUGGGCAAAGUCCAGAACAGUUUGGACCUGUUUGUGCGAGCGUUGAGGCUGCCUGGAUGUCAGAUCUUUGCUCUGGAUCAGAUCACAAAGCCGUUCUUCUCAGCUCUUGCAGAUGAGAAGGUGCAACAGAAGCUGCUGUCGGUGAUGUUCGACCUGCUGGUGGAGAGCAGGAGUCCGAUGGUGGCCAACACAGUCAGCAGCGUCUUCAAAGCUAUUGCUGUUGAUGCCCAGCUGGUGGCAAAUGAGCUCGCUCCUCCAGAAAAGCCCAAAGUAACCGUGACAGUUCAGCAAACCCGCCGGAGCAAAAUGAGCCAGAGGAAACAUCAGCAGAGGGACGACGUGGGUCCAGAGGGAGGCGCUGUGUCAUGGCAGAGAGUCACACUCAUUCUGGAGCUUCUGCAGCACAAGAAGAAGCUGAAGAGAGCCCAGAUGUUGGUGCCUGUUCUGUUCUCUCUGCUCAGCAGGUGUCUGGAGCCAGGUGCUGGUGACCAAACUAGCAUGGAGUACACUAAACAGCUGCUGCUCAGCUGUUUGCUCAACAUCUGCAGCAGACUGUCACCUGAUGGCGGUCCAGUUCCUGCAGAUGUUCUGGAUGAAGACAAGUUCAGUGUGGAGCUUGUGGUUCAGUGCAUCAGAGCGUCCGACAUGCCGCAGACACACCACCACGCUCUGCUGUUGCUCGGCGCAGUCGCCGCCAUCUUCCCUGAGAAAGUCUUGCACAACAUCAUGCCCAUCUUCACCUUCAUGGGAGCCAACAUCAUGCGUCUGGACGAUGUCUACAGUUUCAGAGUCAUUGAGAAGACGCUGCAGAUGGUCAUACCUGCUCUCAUUCAGGCUCAUCAGCUCUCUGACGGCUCCUCUUCACCCAACAUGGUAGCUGUGGUGACGAGGAUCAUGCUCGUGUUCACUGAUGCGCUGCCUCACGUGCCCGAGCACCGGCGGCUGCCCAUCUUGAGCCAGUUGGUGUCCACGCUGGGCCCCGCUCACUUCCUAUGGAUCCUAUUGCUGCUGCUGUUGAAGCUUCACGCCACCCAGAGCGGUGGCGAGAAGGACGCAACUCUGGAGCGAGACGCAGACUUUUGGAUUUCUCUGAGCUGUGAGUUCAGUGUUGGUGACCAGCUCACCUCCCUAGUAAACAUGCUGAACUUCCUCCUGCAGCUACCAGAUGACAAGGAUGACGCUGCAGUGAAGCGUCCCACCAUUCGAAAAGCAGGAAAGAAGAAGGAGGAUGACGAGGAGAAGGUGGAGGAGCUGAUCUUCAGCUUGGACGCUCACAGCAGCAAAGAGCUGCGACACUUCAAGUUCCUCUGUGUCUCCUUCAUGGCUCAGCUCCUUGGCUCCAGCAGCUUCAUCCAGAAGGUUGCAGCAGAAGGCAACACCGCUGACUCGUCCCUUCAGCAGCUGCAGCAGAGGCUGCUGGAGGAGAUCCUGCAUUACAUCCACAGUGUGGCUCGCUGUGUGGAGGAGAAUGCUGACAAACCUACUGCCAAGUUCUGGAGAGUUCUGCUCAACAAGGCUUACGAUGUUCUGGACAAGGUGAAUGCCUUGCUGCCCACAGACACCUUCAUCACAGUGAUGAGGGGGCUGAUGGGAAAUCAGCUGGCGUCGGUCAGGAGGAAGGCCAUGGAGCUGCUGAACAACAAACUGCUGCACAGGACGCAGUGGGACGAGCAGCAGGUGGCGGUGCUCCUUCAGCUGACCUCUGACCUGCUGAGCAUCGUCAGCAAAAGUCAGAGUAAGGUCUCUGAAGAGGCGGAGCAGGCCAUCAACCGACAGACGGCUCUCUACAGCCUCAAGCUUCUCUGUCGCAGUUUUGGCUCCAGUCACCAGCAGGAGUUUGUCCCCGUCCUGCAGCAAGCAGUGGACAUCGUCACAACAACGGGGGAGGAGAAGAAUGUUACGGGCAGCGCCCUGCUCUGCAUCGCUGAGGUGGUCAGCUCCCUGAAGGCGCUUGCCAUCCCACAGUUGCCCAGGUUGAUGCCCGCUGUGCUGCAGGCGCUCACUAGCAGGAAGGAGCUGCUGACCAACGAGGUCUAUCUGCUGAGUGUCGUCACGGCUCUGCAGCGAGUCACAGAGACGCUGCCACACUUCAUCAGCCCUUACCUGCAGGACAUCACCUUACAGGUGUGUCGGCUGACUCGGCUCAUGGACACCUCCUCCUCCUCUUCCUCAACGUCCACCCAGCUCUCUGUCCGCCUCACCUCUCUGAGGAGCACGCUAGCCUCCAAGCUACCCCCUAGGGUCCUGUUGCCCACCCUGUCCAGGUGUUACAGCAGCAUGGAGCUCGACAGGAAGGACCAGCUGGGGGCGCUGAUGAGCAUCCUGAAGGAACACAUCAGUCACAUAACCAGAGAACAGCUGAGCUUCCACCAAUCAGAACUCACCACUUUCUUCCUCACCGCUCUUGACUUCCGGACCAAACACGGCCAGGGCGAUCUGGAGAAGACGUUGCAAGUGGAGGGCGGAGUCAUUGACUGUCUCAUCAGCAUGGUGAUGAAACUGUCUGAGGUUACGUUCAGGCCACUUUUCUUCAAGCUGCUGGACUGGAGUAAAUCAGACAGUAAAGACCGCCUCCUGACCUUUUACCGGCUGUGCGACUGCAUCGCAGAGCGGCUCCAAGGGCUCUUCGUUCUCUUUGCUGGAAACCUGGUGAAACCUCUGGCAGACAUCCUGCAGCAGACCAACAGCACCAGAAUGGACAAUCUGAUCUUUGACUCGGACCGUUCUGAGGAGAAGAACUCUCUGCUGCUUCAGUUCGUCCUCGAUUGCCUCCAGAAGAUCUUCCUGUAUGAUACCCAGAACUUCCUGAACCGAGAACGGUCCGACGCCCUGUUGGGCCCCCUGGUCGACCAGCUGGAAAACCUUUUAGGCGGCGUUCAGGUUUACCAGACGCGGGUCACUCAGCACCUGGUUCCCUGUGUGGGUCAGUUCUCAGUAGCGCUGGCUGACGACUCUCAGUGGAAAACCCUCAACUAUCAGAUCCUCCUGAAGACCAGACACAGUGACGCCAAGGUGCGGUUCUCCUCCCUCGUUAUGCUGAUGGAGCUGGCGUCCAAACUGAAGGAGAACUACGUGGUUCUGCUACCAGAGACCAUUCCGUUCUUAGCAGAGCUAAUGGAAGAUGAGUGUGAGGAGGUGGAGCAGCAGGUCCAGAAGGUGGUCCAGGAGAUGGAGAGCAUCCUGGGAGAGCCACUGCAGAGCUACUUCUAACCCAUCAACAUGAAACACACUUGAACUGUUGCUGCAGAAACACACAUAUGAAACAUUAACAUUUUAUUUGUAUAGAACAGUCAUAUUGUCUUCAUCAUAAACAGCCUAGAAAAACAAUCCCCUCACAUAAAAAUAACAAAAACAGAAUAUCCAUUCUCACAUGCAGUUAACGCAAAAAUAACAGACAGUGCUGCAAUGGAGGGAAAGCCGAUUUCCAACAGUAAAAUGAAGCGUCUCGCUAAAAGAGGAAAAGUUGUUUUUGAAUGUAAUAAAUACAUUUUACAUGUA